AUGGAGGAGGCAGCACAGAAGGCCAUGGCUGCCUUCGCCGAGGGCAACGCCGAGACAGCACAGCAAAUUUUGGGUUCUUUGGACUCUCCUCCAGUCCAAUUUGCCCUACAGAGAACAAGGGAACUCGGAAAUGAAGCUUUCAGGGCAGGCAACUAUUCAUCAGCUCUGCAGCAUUACAGAGACGCCAUUGUUGCACUCAAACACCUCAUGCCUUCUCCCGAAAAGGCCAAAACCGCGCAGCAGCAGCAGAACACAUGGCGCGAACAACUGCAGCAGCUCCACUCCAACUGCAGCGCCUGUUAUGCGGCUCUCAGCAACUACGAAGAGGCUCUCAGUGCCGCCCGAGAUUGCAUUAAGCUCAAUCCCAAGUGGACUAAGGGCUGGUAUAGAGCAGGGAAGGCCCUAUAUGGCAAGGAAGACUUCGAAGGUGCCCUCAAGACAUUUAUGCAUGCACAGCGGCUGCAGUCCGGAGACGAAGAACUGGCGAGCUGGGCAGAAAAAAGCAAAGAGCAGCUGCAGCGACAGAGGAGAUGCAUGCGUUUUAGUGUAGACUACAGCAGAUUCCAGGAUGUGGACCUGGGAGAUGAUGAUGAGGCACUGUCAUGUAACUGCCUCGGGCCUUUUGCCUGA